AUGAAUUCAGUCGAUCCAAAUGCAAGGAAAUAUCUUUAUCGAGAAUUUCCUGAGCAUUACAGAUGGUUAACGAGUUCACGUGAAUGGCAGAAGAGAAAAAGUACACAACGAGUUAUGGGUCGAUUGUAUGUAGCUUCACCAUUGGAAGGAGAACGAUUUUAUUUGAGAAUGUUACUCAAUCAUGUGAGGGAGCGUACAUCGUUCGAACAUUUAAGAACGAUCAAUGGCGUUACACACCCUACAUUCAGGGCUGCAGCUGAAGCCCUCGGUCUAAUCGAGAAUGACGAAAGCAUUCGUCAAUGUCUUUUAGAAGCAUGUUCAGUACGAAUGCCAUCUGCAUUACGUCGGUUAUUUGCAACCAUAUUGGUAUAUUGUCAACCAACUGGAUUACGAGCACUCUGGGAUGAGUUUUUCCCUUACAUGGUUGAGGAUUAUCCAGCCUCAAACACAACAAGUAAUUAUGUUUUCCUCACUAACAAACUUUUGCAAGACAUAGAUAGGUUAUUAAGACCACUUAGAAAAAGGAUUUCUGACUACACAGAGUUGCCAAGCUUACCCGAAUGUACUGAUGAUAUUGACGAACUUCCUUCUAUCAUGGAAGAGUACUUUUCUGUUCCGGUUCCAGAUGAGGAUUUGGCAUGCGUUGGCACUCUCAAUAGUGACCAACAAGUUGCAUACGACACAAUAAUGAAUGCUGUCAUUUCAAAGGCUGGCUGUUCUUUCUUCGUCGAUGGUCCUGGGGGCACCGGAAAAACAUUUUUAUACAAAGCCCUUCUUGCUACUGUAAAAAGUAGAGGCGAAAUAGCUAUCCCCACUGCAACAUCUGGAAUUGCAGCAACGUUGUUGCACCAGGGAAGAACAUCACAUUCGACUUUUCAGCUCCCACUUAAUCCAGACAGCUCAUCAACUUGCUCAUUUACCAAACGUUCUAAAACUGCAAUUCUCCUAAAAAAUUCUGCUAUUAUCGUAUGGGAUGAGGCCCCAAUGACACACAGAUAUCAAUUUGAAGCUGUUGAUCGAUCACUCAAGGAUUUAAUGGGGAAUGACUUGCCGUUUGGGGGGAAAAUUAUUGUGUUCGGUGGUGAUUUCAGACAGGUUUUACCGGUGGUUCGAAAUGGAACUAGAGCUCAAAUGAUUGACGCAUCUUUUGUCAGGUCCCCUAUGUGGAGACACAUUCGUAUUUUGCGUUUGAGAGAAAAUAUGAGAUCAAUUGAUGAUAACGGCUUUGCUAAUUUCUUACUCUCUGUUGGGAAUGGUAAUGAACCUACUGUUUCAGAUCAGAUGAUAAGGUUACCCACUGCCAUGAUUAUACCAACAGUGGCAGAUAGUUCUAUCGAGGCUUUGAUCGACCAGGUCUUUCCAAAUUUAAGUGAGCACGUUGGUGAUGGAAAUUUUAUAGUUGAAAGGGCGAUCAUCACACCCCUGAACGAAGACGCUGAUAGAAUAAAUAAUAAGGUUGUCGAAAAGUUUCUCGGAGAAGGAAAAACGUAUUAUUCGUUUGAUUCUGUUCAUGAAGAUAAGAGAAAUUUGUAUCAACAAGAGUUUUUGAAUUCGAUUUCUGCGUCGGGAUUGCCUCCCCAUGCUCUCACCCUGAAACCUGGGGUACCCUUAAUGCUUUUGAGAAAUAUUGAUCCUAAACAUGGUCUUUGCAAUGGAACACGGUUGCUUUGCCAUUCAUUAAAGGACAAUUUCAUUGAUGCUGAGAUUUUAACCGGACAUUCUAGGGGGAACAGAGUGUUUUUGCCAAGAAUUCCCUUGAAAACUGCUGAAGAUAUUAAAUUGCCAUUCGAGAUGGUCAGAAAGCAAUUUCCUGUGAAGUUGAGUUUUGCCUUGACUAUCAACAAGUCUCAGGGACAAACUAUUCCACAUGUUGGGAUAUUCCUCCCUGAUCAUGUAUUUAGCCACGGCCAGCUAUAUGUGGCAUUAUCACGAGGAAUUUCAGAGAACACGACAAUGAUCGUGGUAGAAAAGGGAAAGGUUCAAGGUUGUGAAGGCAUAUUCACUAAAAAUAUUGUGUACAAAGAAGUUUUGUUGUCUUAUGAUUAG